AUGGAACGCCGGUUCAACUCGAAUCCGUCCCUCAAAUCAGCUUACAGCGACUUUUUACGCGAAUACCACGAUCUCGAUCACAUGCGGAUUCACAACUCAUCCGAAAAGUGUCACCAACGCGAGUUCUUCCUGCCGCAUCGCGACGUUACUCGCGAAACUAGCGCGACAACGAAACUACGCGUAGUGUUCAACGGUUCGCAGAAAACGACUCUCGGUUUUUCACUAAAUGACGUGCUUCAUGUCGGUCCGAAACUGCAAACCGAUCUCUCAGACAUUCUCAUUCGAUGGCGCAGACAUCAAUACGUGUUCGCAGCUGACAUCGAAAAAAUGUAUCGUCAAAUUCGCGUUCACGAAGACGACUGGCCACUACAAAAAAUCCUUUGGCGAAACGACCCGAGUGAGACUCCGCAAGAAUAUCAUCUGUGCACAGUAACAUACGGUCUCGCGUGUGCUCCGUAUCUCGCUCUGCGUUGCCUGCAGCAACUCGCUUUCGAAUCAGAUUCUCCGCGGGCGCUUGCUGCCGAAAUCUUAAGCCGCGAUACCUAUGUGGACGACGUUCUCUCCGGCGCAUCAAGUAUAUCUGAAGCUAAAACACAGAUCAACCAACUAAACGAAUCCCUCAUAGCUGGCGGGUUCCAUCUCAGAAAAUGGAUCUCCAACGACCCUGAAGUUCUAGCUGACAUUCCUCAUCAAGAUCAAGCGUCAUCUCCAAUCCUCUCAGUCGACGAUCGAACGAUACAUCAUACACUCGGUGUACAAUGGCAUUACCAAUCCGAUCGUUUCGUGUUCUCAGCACCAUCGCCACCACCAGCUGGAUCCCUGACGAAGCGGUCAGUGCUCUCCUUCACUGCGAGCAUGUUCGAUCCGCUCGGAUGGCUGGCGCCAAUCGUCAUUGUCGCUAAGAUGUUCAUGCAAGAGCUCUGGGCAAUUCGCCUUGAUUGGGAUGAAGAGCUUCCCGAAAACCUCAAAUCGCGCUGGAUCAAUUUCACUCAACAACUCGAAAACGUGACAACGAUCUCAAUCCCACGCUGGGUCGGCAUAACUACGUCAUCCCUCGCGAUCGAACUCCACGGAUUCUCAGAUGCAUCACAGAACGCCAUCGCUGCUGUGGUCUAUCUGCGCGUCAUAAACAAAUUCGACGACAUCUAUGUCACCCUUAUCAGCGCCAAAACCAAAGUAGCACCUCUGAAACGCAUGACGAUUCCGCGCCUCGAGCUCUCAGCUGCCGUAAUUCUCGUCCGACUAGUAUUCAAAAUUCGCAACGUGCUCCAAAUUCAUCACACGUCAACUCAUCUCUGGACCGACUCUACGGUCGCUCUAACAUGGAUCAAAGGUCACCCAUCACCUCUGGUGGAAGGGACCUCUUGGCUACAACAUCACUCUUCAUCUUGGCCAUCCCUGACUCCAAAGAUCGAAUCAACAAUUAAUCUAGAAAAGCGUCCUGUCUCUUGUACCCUCGCUAACGAAAAACCAGAAGUUGACCUCGGAGAUCUCAUCGAAAGAUACUCUUCGCUCACCUCGCUUCUACGCACCACAGCCUGGCUCCUACGGGCGUUUGAGCGCUUCCGAAAAUCCACAGCACAUAGACCACAUCAAGCGGUCCUGACGCCUUCCGAGUUAGAAUCCGCAUUACUACUGUGGGUAAAAUUAACUCAACAAGCCUACUUUUCGAAAGAAUUCCGAACAUUGAGAAACAACAAGCAACUCUCUCCCUCAAGUUCCCUACUGAAGCUCUCUCCUGUCCUAGACGAAACCGGACAUCUCAGGCUACGUGGAAGACUUCACUUCUCUCAACUGGAGCCAUCAGAAAAACAUCCGCUCAUCUUACCACGAGAUUCUCGACUAACAACGCUCAUAAUUGAUUACUAUCACAGGCGCUCAUUACACGGCGGACCGCAGCUGACGUUAUCGUUAAUACGGCAUAAGUUUUGGAUUAUCGGUGGACGAACUCCUAUUCGCUCAUUCAUCCAUAACUGUAUUACGUGUGCCCGUCAUCGCGCCGCCGCCAGUCAACAACUCAUCGGACAACUUCCAGCUUCUCGUGUCACUCCAUGUCGACCAUUCUUCAAUACCGGAGUCGAUUAUGCCGGUCCUUUGACUCUAAAGUCAUUCCGCGGACGCGGAGCGAAGACAGUCAAGGGAUACUUCAUAAUUUUUGUUUGUUUUAGUACCUCAGCUGUUCAUCUAGAAGUAGCUACCGACUACUCAACUGAUGGAUUUCUAGCUGCUUACAAACGAUUCACCGGACGAAGAGGCCUAUGCUCAACAAUCACGAGCAACUGUGGGACCAAUUUCGUCGGCGCAGCUUCCGAGUUGAAAAAAUUGUUCACCGCUUCCUCUAAGGAAUGGGCUCACAUUGCUAACAUUCUCGCCAACGAUGGAGUAAAGUGGAGCUUUAACCCUCCUUCGGCUCCACAUUUUGGCGGAAAAUGGGAGGCCGGAGUAAAAUCCGUCAAACAUCACCUCCGUCGAGUGAUCGGCGAGACCCUGCUCACCUAUGAAGAAUUGUCAACACUAUUGAUUCAAAUCGAAGCAAUCUUGAAUUCGCGCCCGCUCUCGGCCCUCUCAGACGAUCCUUCUGACUCCGUCGCCUUAACACCAGGACACUUCCUCGUCGGGAACUCUCUCACGGCCGUUCCUGAACCAUCCCUCAUCGAUCUACCUCAAAAUCGACUAUCACGAUUACAAAUGCUUCGUCAAAUGACAGAAUCAUUUUGGCGACGUUGGUCGUCGGAAUAUCUACACGAGCUCCAGACAUCAUCCAAGUGGCAUCGAAAACAAGAAAAGUUUCAAGAGGGCAGCCUAGUAAUAGUCAAGGACGAACGCUUCCCUCUGACCAAAUGGCCCCUCGCGCGGAUAAUCGAAACGCAUCCCGGCUCAGACGAACUAGUCAGAGUAGCUACAGUAAAAACUGCUACCACUACUCUAAAGCGACCGAUCGUAAAAUUGUGCCUUUUACCGAACGUUACAAAACAGUGA